GUACUUUGAUGACGCUGUGGUAAUGGCCGCUCUCACGGUGUCGUGCGGGGUCUAUGCGUUUCUCCGGUAAAGAAAAUCACAAAUCGGCUCGUUAUUCAUCGUUUAAGUACCGCCACUGAGGGACAGAGACCGGGUAGCUCCCGACAUCGAGACCCUGUCUCCGAGACGCUGUGGUUUGAAAGGUGACCGAAUGUGUUUUGCGCGUUCUCGGGGCUUCGGUUUGUUUUUUUGUGCCAGUGCGCUUUAUUGUUGUUGGUCGGGGCGAGCCAGCGCGGAUCGGAGCGCUCCGUCCCGCACAGCGGUGAGGCCAGGCGGACCAGACAGUCUCUCUCUCUCUCUCGGUUGCUGUACACGACGUGCUUUAAGUUGUGUGUGUUUGUGCCUGGGUGUGUGUCGAUGAGCCGUAGUAAAGUGUGGGCCGCGCUCUCUCAGGCCUGCUGCGCGGCCACCGGCGGAGCGACGCCUCCUCACUGGCUAAUGAGCUGGCUAGCUACGUUACGCUAAGCUAAGCUAGCCAACUAGUCGGCUAUCUUGAAAAUCGGUCAGUCGUCCAUCUCACGAGUCGCUUGCCGUUAAUCCGAGCAGAUUGUGCCGAUGGACACCCCUGAGAGCCCCACCCAGUCUCCACAGUCUCCUGAGGAGGAGGAGAAGGGCUUGUCUGACAGUGAGCUGCUCGAGUCUCCAGAGUCCCCUGCGGAGGAGAACAAUGCCAUCUCUGACAGUGAGUUACUGAAUGAUGAGGAAGGAGGAGACUCAGACUUUGAUGAUGAAGACAGGUUUGAGGCGGGCGGGAGAGAUCCGGAAGAAAUAUCCGAUCAAGAAGAUGACAAGAUGGACAGGGAUUCAGACAGAGAGAUGCACCAGCAGGAGCGUGCUGGCACUAUGCUGGAAGACCGGUCACAUAUGAGCAGAACUCCUGAGCAUGAAGAAGAGGAGAUCCUGGAGACCCCCAGGUCACCAGACCCUGACUCACCAGAGCCCGAACAGGAGCAGCCCUUCACCCCUGCUGGUGAAGAGCAGGAAGAUCCCAGGCAAGAGGUAGAAGAGGAGGAGGACCGAGGAGAAGCAGCCACUGGCUUAGGCAUGAGUCGCCCAGAGUUGGAGGAAGAUGAUGAUGAUGAAAGAAGACGCAGGAGGGUGAUGGUAGUCAGUGAUCUGAAGGAUGAAUCGUCCUCCGUGUCCAGAGAGCUGGAUGAGCAUGAGCUAGACUAUGAUGAAGAAGUACCUGAGGAACCUAACCCAUCUGUUCCAGAGGAGGAGGACACAGAGAAAGGCCCUGGUACGGAGGAUGGCGAAGCGGAUGAGGAGGAGAAAGAUGAUGCGGAGAAAAGGAAAAAGAGUGAAAGGAACCCAAUCUUGCCACCAGAUCAGAAAGACUCUCAGCCUAAAAAGCCAGAAGACCCAAGAGGUCAAGAAAGAGGCAGGAGGGAUUCGUUCCGUGAUAAAAAGAAAGAGGAAGAUGAUGGCGAGAUUGAUGAAGGAGAAAUUGACGAUGAUGAUCUUGAGGAGGGUGAGGUAAAGGACCCCAUGGACAGAAAGAUCCGACCUAGACCUAUUUGCAGGUUCUUUAUGAAAGGUAAUUGCACUUGGGGGAUGAUAUGUAGGUUCAUCCACCCAGGAGUUAACGAUAAAGGCAACUACUCCCUCAUCUCCAAACCAGACCCCUUCUCUCCAAAUGGAGCACCCCCUGGAGGUGGAGGCCCUCACCCAUUAAUGCCUUCAAACCCUUGGGGUGGUCCUACUAUAGAAGAACUGCCUCCUCCUCCCCUUCCUGUGGAGCCUCCAGUGGAGAGUGCAUGGGAGAGGGGCCUUAGACACGCCAAAGAGGUUUUAAAGAAAGCCACAAUCCGCAAAGAGCAGGAGCCUGACUUUGAGGAAAAACGCUUCAACGUGACCAUUGGUGAAGAUGAGUGGGAAUUUGACAAAGAAAAUGACUUCUUUAGGGAUCGAGGCUAUCGCAUCACAAGGGAAAUUAGAGAUCCUGGCGAAGUGGAGUUCAGAGACCCAUUGUAUGGUGACCCGUAUGCUGAUCCUUAUUAUGACUAUGAAAUGGAAGCCUUCUGGAGAGGGGGCCAAUAUGAGAACUUCAGAGUGCAGUACACAGAGACCCCUCUACCCUACCACUACAGCGAUCGAGAGCGUGAACGGGACCCCCGGGAGCGUCAUCGUGAAAGGGAGCGUGAGCGUGAGAGAGACCACCGUGAGCGAGAGCGCAGGCAGAGAGAGCGUGAGCGGGAAAGAGAACGGGAGCGGGAGAAAGAGAGACAGCGUAGGAAGGAAGAGUGGGAACGUGACCGCCAGAAACGAGACGAGAAAGAAGGAAGACCAAGAGAGCGACCGCUACGAGAGCCACGUGAGAAGAAAGAGGAGAAGGAAAAGCCUCUGAAACCUCGUUCACCCACCGCUAUGCCCCCCAGGGGGCCAAUGGAGCCACCACCCAAGAAGGAGAUGGUUCCCAUGGUUAAACGGCCAGAUGAGUGGAAGGACCCCUGGCGUAGGUCUAAGUCCCCUAGGCGACGGCCUGGGCUCAUGGGGUCCCCACCGCGUGGGCGCAGGCGACACAGACCCUCCGGAUCCUCUGUGUCACUCUCCAACUCCUCUAGGUCUUCGUCGCGGUCUUCUUCUUACACAGGUUCUGGUUCCUCACGCUCAAGAUCGAGGUCCCGUUCCCACUCGCGCUCCUCAUCCCUCAGCUCUUACUCCUCCCACUCCUCCCAGCGCAGCUCUUUCAGUGGCAGCCGAUCCAGAUCCAGAUCCUACUCAUCCUCUCCCUCCCCAACGCCCUCAGCACAGAGGAAUGCCAACAAGAAUAAGGCAGAGCAGCCUCCUGGGUCAGUGAAAGGCCACCUGUUGAAGCCUGGCACGCUGCCCCCUCCUCGCAGGGAAAAAGGCCCCCCCAAGAAGAUCCCCAGUCCAUCACUGCCAGGCCAGCUCAAUAAGCCCCCAAAAACCUUUACAGAGGGGAGCAAACCUCCCAACCCUCGUGAGGGAGGCAGACCACCGCCUCCUCGUGAGCUGGGAAAACCCACCAACAUGCGGGAAGGCCGUAGGAAAGAGCGCCAUCCACAGAAUCCUCGCAGGCGAACGCUAAGCGGCAGUGUGAGUGGCAGUGGCAGUAGUUAUUCUGGCUCCAGCUCACGCUCCAGAUCUCGAUCGUCCUCUGCCUCUCUCUCUCGCUCCCGGUCUGGAUCCCGUAAAUCCAGGUCUCUGUCAGUGAGCAGUGUUUCUUCAGUAUCGUCAGCCUCCUCCAGCAGCAGCUCUGUAAGGAGUGCAGACUCUGAUGAUAUGUAUGCUGACCUAGCCAGCCCAGUCUCCUCGGCCAGCUCCCACUCGCCCACGGCAGGUCAUGCACGUAAGGAGCGCGGUCCUCCUCGUGACCGCCCAACUGCGCGGGACAGGGAUCCUGACACAGACAGAGGAAAACUCCCAAAGAAAGACGAGACCUUUAAAGACGAGAGGAAGAGGGUCGACACCUCGGAUCUUCCUCCCAAAGCUGACUCUGGCACAUCAAGGUCUGGACCUGGAAAUCGGGGACAUGCCCUGAACGCACCGUCUGUGGGUCCUCCGGGGGCAUAUGGAUCACAUAAAGACAUCAAACUCACCCUUCUCAACAAGCAGGCAGAUAGAAGCAAUAGAAAGAGGUACUUCCCUGCAGACAAAGAGAGACCAACAUCCCCUCUCAGCAAGAGGAUAGCCCUGUCUCCUGAUAGAGGUCGAGACAGGAGAAUGCCUGGACGUCCCCCACUCUCACCAAGAAUGGACCAUUCUAGAGGCCAGGGACCUCGGCCCAUGCCCACACAGGGAGAAAGGAAGCGUCCUCUGUCUCCACCAACCAAAUCUUCUGGGAAAGGCCCAGCUGCUUCUACAGGUAAGCCUGCUGCUCCUGGGCCAGGCUCUGGUUCUGGCUCCGGCUCUGGCUCAGGAAAACCCAGUAGCACCCUGUCUCGCCGCGAGGAGUUACUGAAGCAGCUAAAGGCCGUGGAGGAUGCCAUUGCCCGCAAAAGAGCCAAGAUCCCGGGAAAGUAAAACAUGGUCUUUCCUGGCUUUGGUCACCCAAGGAGACAGCAUCUCUAGAAGUUUUUUUUUGGGGGGGGGGG